UAUUGACUGUCUUUUUGUAUGUAGGCUACCCGACGAAUGCUUUUACUUUAAACUAGUUCUGAGACGCUAUUACCGUAAUGGCUAGUAUAUACAGGUACGGCAAAAAACUGGGUCGGCUGGCAUGACCGCGCGGAGGAAGUGGAAACUAGGGCGCUUUUUUAUUUUGCAUGUUAUGUUAUGUUGUCUAAUAUUUAUUUCGAAAUAACUACUGGUAUUAAGAAACAUAAACAUUGAAGUUAAAGUUAGAUGAAUACAGUAUUAAAAAAAUAAAUAAAAAUAAUCCCAUAUUUUCGGCGCCCCCGGCGGAUGGAUGCGCCCGUAGCAUUCGCCUAUACUGCCUAUGCCCAGAGCCGGGCCUGUGCCACGUGGUAUCAUCUCAACCACUGCACAAAAGCCGCUCAACCCAGGGAUGAGCGUGAGGAGGAGGAGCCAGACGCAGACACACCGGGGGCUGACCAGCUGCCCCAGGACCAGAUCCAGUCGAGCCAAGAGAUACAGCCACAUGAUGAUGCUGAAACCGGGGAGCCUGUUCCUGAUCCUUUACGGGUUGUGCCAGAUUCCGCUGGCUCAAGGACAGACCCCGAGGAAGGAUGAAACCAUGGAGACAACACAGACCUGGAAGAGCCAGGAAUCAGGGGCUGGUACUGAAGGAAGCCAGAGAGGAACACAGGACAAUCCGGCCUCAACUCAUUCAGGAAUAGUUAACAAGAAAGGGAAAAUAGUCUUAUAUGCUCAGAUACCACCGCAGAACCAAGUUAAUGAAUUUGUGUUUACUAUUAUGUCGGAUAACCAACCGUUAUGUGCAUUAACCUUCCGCCAGAAUUAUGAACAUGCGCAUCGGAAAAAUCGGUGUGUAGUACAUAUCAAAUCUAAUCCAAUGAAAUGGUGUUUAACAGUAACGUCAGGAAAAACAUGGGACUAUAACAGAAAGUAUAAAUUAAAUAUGAGAGUAUAUAUACUUCUUAAAGCAGUGUCAGACAGAACAUUCAAUUUUACAUUAGAAGCAGAAGACCCUUGUGUAAUCAAAAAUCAACCGGGUAAGGUCGUUAAAAUUGAUCAAAGCAAUCCACUAAGAUCUUCAGAUAAUGACAAAGUAAAUGUAACCACAGCCACCGAUAAAGUAGAUCAACCUCCGGUUAGAGAUAAUGGGAUAAAUUCAUUGGUAACCACUAAGAGCUUAAAUUCAACUCUAGAUGCAAAAAUCACAAAUGUAACUUCUAUUAGAGAGGAUACAACAAUACUAGCAACCACUAACGUAACUCCAAUUAGAGAAAUAACAACAGUCAUGGGUGAUCUAAUAAAACUAAUGACAAAUGGUACAGCAGCGACUGCUCAGGGUAAAAUUAAAUUAACAACAAUAAUAGCAAAAGUAGAGGUGACCACAAUGAUAAUAUCUAAGGAGGAUAAUAUAGAAACAUUGGCAACCGCUAUGUCAAUGGUGAAUUCAGAAACUAUGGCGCCAAGGAUCUUAACAUCGACACCAAUGUCUCUUGAAGAGACUCUUGUAGAACAGACAACUAUUCAGGAGGGUAAUAACACUAAAAGCUUUGGUCGCCGCUCAACAGCUAGGACCCUAAAACAAUAUAAACCUGAUCCCAGUGGGCACAUUAGGGUAAGAACAACAGACCAGUUGUUCAGGCAAGCAAAAGUAAAUAGGUGUAAUAAAUGGGUCGAAUUUACGGGAAAACAAAUAGAGGCAAAUAACUUAUUUGUGUAGCAAAAAUCGUAAGGAUGCAGUAUAUGUCGUAAAUGCUAAAUAGGAUUUUGAAUUUUGCUUAAAAGAAUGGACACAGCAGGAGUAUGAUCUAGAGGUCAAUUUAAAUAGAACACGAACAGAAGGUAUCCCAUAACAGAAAAAGUACGUUAUAUGCUCAAUUAAAUGUUUUCCGCUGUUAGGAUCGAGUCACCAUAACAAAUAUCUUGAAGAUAAAAAUGACCAGAGCCAUGGAACGUAAUUAUGAAUAGAUGCCGAG